AUGGCUGAAGCAGAGAAAUACCUCGCGCCCGAGUCCCAACGGACUCGCCGCCUCUCCUCCAUGUCCGCAACCCGCGCAGACCUCUUCUCAGGUCCCACCGUCCUCGUGCCCCCGAAACACCUCAUGGCCAAACCCAGCGACGCCUUUGAAACCGCCCAAUCCAUAGAACUCGCAAAAAGACAUUUGGACGAAUCCACCACAUCCUCUGAAGAGGCAACUCCUGCCUCCGGGUCACCUGUUCUCAAAGCCGUUCCUACUACAGAUUCACCGGCGUGUUCUAUUACGGACAAGUAUGCGUUUGCGUUUGAUAUUGAUGGGGUUCUGAUUCGGGGUGGACGGGUUAUUCCUGAGGCUAUUGAGGCGAUGAAGGUUCUUAAUGGGGAGAAUGAGUUUGGGAUUAAAGUCCCGUAUAUAUUCGUCACCAAUGGAGGCGGCAAAACAGAAGAAGAACGCUGUCUCGACCUCAGCCGCCAACUCGAACUCGAAGUCUCCCCCGGCCAAUUCAUCUGCGGCCACACCCCCAUGCGCGAAAUGGCCGAAAAAUACCACACAGUCCUUGUCAUUGGUGGCGUGGGUGAAAAAUGUCGUGAAGUCGCUGAAGGGUACGGUUUCAAGGACGUCAUUACCCCAGGAGAUAUUAUCAAAACAAAUGCCGAAACAACGCCAUUUCGUAAACUGACCGAAGAAGAAUGGAAAAAUUCUCGAGUGAGAGAUUUUGACAAGAUCAACAUUGAGGCUAUUUUCGUCUUUGCCGAUAGUCGUGACUGGGCCGGUGACCAGCAAAUCAUUCUGGAUCUGUUAAUGUCGAAAAACGGUAGAAUCGGUACUCGCUCAGAGACCUUCCAGGAAGGACCGCCAAUCUACUUUUCGCAUAACGACAUCGUCUGGUCCACCGCCCACGACUACACACGUAUCGGUAUGGGUGCUCUCCGCGCUUCUCUUGAGGCUUUGUAUAAAGCCGUAACGGGGAAAGAAUUGACCACCAUCGCAUUCGGAAAACCGCAACUCGGCACCUUUGAAUUCGCGACUCGUCUCCUCCGACAAUGGCGCAAGGAUACCCACGGCAUCAACAAAGCGCCCGACACCGUCUAUUUUGUGGGUGACACACCCGAAUCCGAUAUCCGCGGCACAAAUGAAUAUAACGCACACGCUUCCUCUGGGGAUGCAGAAUGGUUUUCGAUCCUGGUGAAGACGGGUGUGUUUCAAGAGGGGACAAUCCCGCGAUAUCCGCCUAAUAAGAUUGCAAAUAACGUCCUUGAUGCGGUAAAGUUUGGGAUGCAGCGUGAAUUCGCGAAAGCGGUCAAGGAGCAUGUUAUUAAUGAAGCGGAUAAAAGACAGAUUGUCGAUGAUGAUUCGGAUGAGGCUGUUGUUUUGGAGUGAUUAUUAUUUUUUUUCCUACUCUCUUGUCAGAGAUGAUUAUGAUUUACGGCCUUUUUUCGUUACAUGCUGAUGAUUCCCCCCACCUUGAUAUAUGGUCUUUUGAUCUCUAGAAUAGAUGAUCUUGUUAUACAGUUAGGGUUGUUGGGUUGGCGUUUGGUCAUCAUUUCAGAACAAUCAAUACAUAUAUUAUGAUUUAUGAAUUAUCUAUCUAUUCUUG